UGUUACGUGAAUUUUAUCUUUGUCAUUUCUGUGUAUGGUCUGCGCUCAGUUGAAGUUCGACUGGAUUCGUCGCGGUCACGCGACAAAUGGUGGAGAUGCGGGGUAUAACAACCCUACCCUAAAAUCCUCGAACCCUUGAGCGUGGACUUGUCCUGUCUUGUAACGUCCGUAUACUUAGCUGGAGUGUGGUGCGCAGUCUGUGCGCAGCGUGUGAGGUUGUACGGCUGUGUCAUUCCCAUCGGGGCCGGGCGGGCUGGUGGUGUGGAAUCUUCGCACGCUCAUCCAGGCUUCUUGUGUUUUUAUCAGGUCGGUCGAUCGUUGUUGCUGCGACGACGUGGCGGACUGCGCGGAGGUUGGCCCGUGUGGUAUCUCACAUAUUUUGUUGGAACUGUGGGCUGUCCUUUCUGUCUGCUCUGACAGCUCAACGGUAGGUAGAACGUUGCCGAUCGUCUCCGCGAAGAUUUGUUUGGGGUUAAAUUUGUCUUUUUUAUUUUAUCUAACAUGACCAGGGGGAGAGGGGCAGUGGCUGCACGCACGCGUGUACAUGUGGCUUCGCGCAGCGAGGAUGAAAGUGAAGCGUCGCCCGAACUUCGAGCUUCACCUCCUCUGUCUGCGUCGCCCGAAGGUCAGUCCGGGGAAACGGUGCUGGAAGGGUAUAUGCGCCUUGGUAGAGAGGCGGGGCUGACGGGUAGGGAACUGUUGGAGUUCGCCACGGGGCGAGAAGAGGCUGAAAGGGAGGAAAGGACCCGGCGAGAAGAAAGGGAGGAAAGGACCCGGCGAGAAGAAAGGGAGGAAAGAAUCAGACGGGAAGAGGGUGAGAGAGCAGAAAGAAUUCGGAUGCAGGAACUCUGCAACGAGUUGAACGUAGCCAAAAUAAGUAGCGAUGGCAAGAGGCAAGAUGCGUUAGACAUGGAGUUUCAACCGAUGCGCCUUAAGAUGCCACCAUUCGAGGAGGAUGAUGACCUCGAAACCUACCUUUGUCAGUUUGAACGGUGUGCCAAGCUGCAGAGAUGGGAUAUCAGCUCAUGGGCGACAAGGCUGGCAAUGUUACUCAAAGGGAAGGCCAGGGACGUUUGCGUGGGGCUUAACGACGAAGACGCCCAGGAUUACGCAAAACUGAAAGUCGCCCUGCUGACCAGGUUCCGGCUGACAGCUGAAACCUACAGACGAAGGCUUCGUGCCUCAAGGCGUGAAGGGGGAGAGACAUUCCCACAAUAUGUAGCCAGGGCCCGGCUAUAUUUAACACGCUGGGUUGAGCUGGCGGGUAAGAACACUACAGUAGAAGAUCUCAGAGACUUGAUACUAAUGGAGCAGCUUAUAGACGGCGUGCCCCUCGAGUUAGCCACAUUCAUCCGCGAGCGAGCACCCAAAAGCGUGGAAGAUGCGGCAAUUCUGGCCCAGCAGUUCUCGGAGGCAAGGGAAGCUGCACGGUGGCAUCGCACACCUACCACAUCAUGCCACCAGGAAGGCGAGCAAAGGGAACGACGAGAUGAGUAUCGUCAUUCCUAUGGCCAGAGCCAGGAACGCAAAACCUGUUUUCAUUGCGGAAAAAUGGGCCAUAUCAGGAAGGACUGCCCACGGUGGAAGGAUACUGGAGCGCCGACAACAAAAGAGGCCGUCAUACGGACGAUCAACAUCAUCGAUGAAGGGAAGCUAGCACUGUGUACAGAGUGCACCCAAAGUGUAAAGACGGCCAGUUUCAGAAAGGCCGUUCGAGUGAACAACCGCCGGGCCACUGCGCUGCGAGACACGGGGGCAGACAUGCUGUGCAUCCGGAGCAACCUUAUCCCCGACCCAUGCCUCACGGGUCGUAAACGGCUGAUACGCUAUGCAAACUCAGGGUCGAUGUACGCCCCAGUGGCCUUAGUCUAUUUGGAAUCCCCCUAUUACCGUGGGAAAGCAGAGGCGGCGCUCAUCCCCAGGCUUGUGGAGGAAGUGGUCAUCGGUAACACACUCAGGACCGAGCUGGGCGAAGAACUGCAGGUGCCGGUGUACGAAGAGAGGCCAGGCAGGUGCACACUGGUGCAGACCAGGGCUCAGCUGACGGAAGAACAUGGGAUGGAGGUGUCAAUAAAGAGUGCAGUAGAGUUGCUUCAUGUGGGGCCAGAGGAGAUAGCGCAAAUGCAGGAACAGGACGACACUUUACAACGCGUCCGCCGCCUGGCGAGAGACGGUCAGGUGACAUCUCAGCGAGGCACAGGGAGAGUUUCGUUCCUGCGUAAGAAAGGACUGUUGUGGCGGGUCUACAUAGGAAGGAAGGGGACAGGACACAAACAGUUGGUUGUUCCCCAGCCUUUAAGGCACGAAGUGCUACGUGUGGCCCACGAGGCGCCCAUGGUGGGACAUGUGGGGGCAAGGGGGACGCGGGACAGAAUAUGGUAUGAGUUUUACUGGCCGGGCAUGUGUAAAGAUGUCCGGCGCUUUUGUGCGUCUUGCGACACGUGCCAGCGCACAAAUCCCAAAAGGAAGGCUGAAGAAAAGAAUAUAUCUGAGAGGUUAGAUAUUGAACGUGAUCAGAUUGGGAGGGAAAGUAGGGAAAAAGAAACAAAGAUUUUGAACUUGACGUGCAACCCCGAUGAACCUCAAGAGGAGGUGCAUCAGCCGGAGCGUGUUCGCCAGCAGCCGGCCCGAGAGCUAGAAGACUUAGAAGAUGAGCGUCAGUCAGCAGAAGAUGCAAAACUGCGUUUGGAAGGGAACACGCAGGCUCUGAACGCUCAGUAUGACCGUGAUGUUGCUGGUCGUGAGGAGCUGGAUGAGGAGUCUAAGAGACCAUUGCUUAAACAGAUACGAGAAAUGGAAGCGGAGCUUCGGGAUGUGCGCAAGCAGAGAACCACAGCAGUAAAAGCUCGCAGUAAGUUGCAAGGUGAUUUGCAAGGCUUAGAGAAGGAAGUGGAGAUGACCAACAAAGUGAAGGAAGAGGCUGCUAAGCAGUACAAAAAGCUGGCAGCUCAGAUGGAGGACUGUCAGCACGUAGUCGAAAAGGCACGCAUUGCGCUGGAGGAAAUGGCUGCUGCCGUAAAAGAAAAUGGCAAGCGAAUGAAGAAAUUAGAAACAAAGCAGGAGGAGAUACAGGACUUGCUUCAAGUGAAUGCGAACACAGGACGAGAACACGAAGAAACCCGAAUGCUUUUGAAUCACGUGAGGAAGGAAAUUGGAAAAGAGGACAAUAAGCUCGACAAGUUAGUGUCCAAUGAAAACGCCAACCUGGGUUAG